UAUUUUGGAACAAUAAUCAAUUAAUCAUUAAAUAAUUCAUUUUCAAAGGUGAAAAAAAAUUAAAACCCAGAAAAUUGACUGGUAUAAAUUAAUAUCAACCGCUACAUUUCCAAUUUUUAUCCACUCAAAAAAAAAAAAAGAAAAAAAAAAGGGGGACUUUUUCCUCUUCUCCCUUCUUCUCCAAUUUCUCUGUACUUUUUUCCUUCUUUUUACUUGCAGGAAUCUGGAAAAAGUAUAAGAAUUAUACCCUCUUAGAUUCUAUCUCCUUCCCUUUAUUUACCCCCCUUUUCUCUCUCCUCUUCUAUUUUUAUCCUCCAUUUUUUUAAAACUAUGACUUCACUCACCGCCUUUGUUGACGAAACCUUUACUACCGAUCUCAACAACCAGCUUGUCAUUCUAGAUCAGAAGAAAAUGGAGGAGGAGGAAGAGAGAGAAGGAAGUGAAGGGGGUGAGGUUUCUGCUGUGGCUGUGGUGGUUAAUGAUGGUGUCUGCGCCAUUUGUUUGGAUGACAUUGAGCUUCAAGAAACUGCCCUUGUUAAAGGUUGCGAGCAUGUUUACUGUGUCAACUGUAUUCUGCAAUGGGCAACAUAUCAUGAGAAUCCAAAAUGUCCGAAGUGCAAAAAUCCAUUUGAAUCCCUCAGUGUUCAUCGUGCGCUUGAUGGAAGCUUGCAUGACUACAUGCUUGAAGAAAGCGUGUGCUUGCUUGUGAGAGCCUCAUGGUUUAAACCUUUAGUUGUGGAUCAUCGAGAUGACUUUUAUGACGAGCUGGAUGAUAUUUUCUAUUAUCAAUACCAAUAUCAAUAUGAAUAUGAAGAUCUCAAUGAUGAGGAUCUUGAGGAUGCUUAUUUUCAUAGCUCACCAAGUCUUCGCAUUGGCAACCGGAGGUGGGGAGAUAAUGGUUACAUAAGGGCAGGUCGCCAGGAGGCAAGACCCGUCCCUAGAUCAAAUUCUCAGAACUCAGGCGCUAGUUCGUCCCGUCAGCGCAAACAGAAAGAGGUGGAUAAGGAUUUAGAUGCCAGCUCUUCUGAUACAUCCAAGAAGAAAGAGGCUGGAAAAGAUCUGAUGGGGCGACGUGCCAAGAGGGCACUGAAGCGCGAAGCUGCUGACAAGGCAGCUGCGGCAAAACAUCAACAGCAUUUGGCUAGGUUAGGUAGGAGUAGCUGAUAAGGGGGUGUUGUGAAAAGUACCUUGCAAGCCAGCGGCUUUCUGUGUCAACUCACCACCAGCAUCCCUUGUACUGUACCUUCCGUCUCUUAAUUUCCGCUAUGUAAAAUAAUGACACCAUAGCUGACUGGUCUCUUUAAUCAUAUACUCUGCAAGUAGUACCUUAGUUAUCAUCCCAUUAUUUCUGGGCUGGAACUUCUUAAAGAAAGAUAUUGCAAUAACCUUUAAACUUGGUUCUUGUGAAUUCUUUGGAUUUGUUCUUGUAAAUAAUUCUUUCAGCUGACACAUUUAAGAAGUGCAUUUAGUGUAUAUCUUGGAUU